UGGCGGCGGCGGCGGCGGCGAGAGAGGACUUGGGGAGUUAAGCUUUGGGCAGCUCCGGACAACCAUGGCCUUCACCCUCUACUCCCUGCUGCAGGCAGCCCUACUCUGCGUCAAUGCCAUCGCCGUGCUGCACGAGGAGCGAUUCCUCAAGAACAUUGGCUGGGGAACAGACCAGGGAAUUGGUGGAUUCGGAGAGGAGCCAGGAAUUAAAUCUCAGCUAGUGAACCUUAUUCGGUCUGUAAGAACCGUGAUGAGAGUGCCAUUGAUAAUAGUAAACUCAGUUGCAAUUGUAUUACUUUUAUUAUUUGGGUAAACAUCAGUGGAGGAAAUGGAGACUCAGAAGAAGUGUCGCAGAAGUUACUACUUCAGUCAUUGGAAUAUUCGUAUCUUAGCAGGCUGACCUUGCACUUGACAAAAAUGUAAAGCAGACAAUAAAACCAGAGUUCCUUUUUAUCUUA